AUGCACAGUCUUUCCCAGGAGCAGGUGGGACACAGAAGUGGGAUAACAGUUGACCGCAAGGCUGGUGCAGGCUGUUUUGGGGUUCAUAGGUCAGCCAGCAAAUACCGGCAACAGUAUCUGGGAAUGAGCAAGACUUUGGCUCACUGCAGGCUCCUGAUUGGCUCCCUUCAGCAAACAGGCUUCCUCUGUGUCCAGCGCACCCACCUGGAUGCCCAAGAGUUUUCAAAGCUGUUUAUGUCUUUAUUGGAGGAUACUUUGUCUAAGCAGAAGAAUCCAGAUGUGCAAAACAUCGUCCAGCAGCAAUUUUGUGGGGAAUAUGCAUAUGUCACCGUCUGUAACCAGUGUGGUCGUGAGUCUAAGCUUUUCUCAAAAUUUUAUGAACUGGAGUUAAAUAUCCAAGGGCACAAGCAGUUAACAGAUUGCAUCACUGAAUUUCUCAAGGAAGAAAAAUUAGAAGGAGACAAUCGAUACUUUUGUAAAAACUGUCAGAGUAAACAGAAUGCAACGAGGAAGAUCCGACUACUCAGUCUUCCCUGUAUACUUAAUUUACAGCUAAUGCGUUUUGUGUUUGACAGACAAAUGGGACAUAAGAAAAAACUGAACACCUACAUUGGUUUCUCAGAACUUUUGGAUAUGGAACCUUACAUGGAGCAUAAAGAAGGCAUCUGUGUAUAUGAACUCAGUGCUGUCCUCAUACACCGAGGCAUAAGUGCAUAUUCUGGCCACUACAUUGCUCACGUGAAGGAUCCUCAGACUGGAGAAUGGUAUAAAUUCAGUGACGAAGACAUAGAAAAGAUGGAGGGAAAGAAAUUACAGCUAGGGAUUGAGGAAGAUCUAGCGCCUUCCAAGUCACAGACCCAUAAACCUAAGUGUGGGAAAGGAACUCACUGCUCUGGAAAUGCCUACAUGUUGGUGUAUAGAUUACAGACCCAAGAGAAAUCUUCUUUGACAGUUCAAGUACCAGACUAUGCACACAUAUAA